UAUACACAGCCCAAAUCACUGACUUGACUGCAAGUCGGGUGUUAGCUCUCAGCGAUUGCAUCAGAACUGUUUGAUGAACGCCUCACUGAAAGUUUGAAUUACAUUGCUAUUUAAAUAGAAAUGCAAAAGGAAAUGGAUUCAGAUGUUGAAACUAUAGAGAAGAGAUUGAAGUCUUUUCUUGAAAAGCUGCAAGUAGAAAGCAGUAUUCUUGAUAGAAUAGUCUACAAAAACAAGAAUCAGCACAAGCACUGCUUAUAUUUUCAGUAUCUCGUAAAGAUUAGAAGUGAUUUGAGGCUUUUGCACUCGGCUGGUCUAGAAGAAAUUCUGAGUUCUUUGUUUGAGUUUAUUAUGGAGAGGAGGUCUAAGCAGAAAUUGCAGCUGUUUAAAAAGUUAAAGAGGAAAAAGUGUGAUGAAAAACAUAAUCUUUUGGAGCGACUCCUAGGAGCUGCACGGCUACUUUCACAGAUGGUUGAGCCAGUGCUAAAGGCAGCUACGCAGAUAUCUAUCUUGCUAGCGCAAUCCUUUUUCAUGGGCUUUUCUGUAACAAUUACUGGUUUGCUUGCUCGUCUAAGAGUUUUGAUUCAGCAAAUUCUAUUUGAUAUCGUAAUCGUGUUCAACGAGGCUUCUUGUCUCUCUUUAAAGGGGCAGAACAUGGAACUGGCGCAAGAUGGACUUGAGACAUAUAAAGAUCUGUACCUUACAAAUGAGCAAGUUUUAUAUCUGAAUUGUGUAUGGGAGGCAAAUAAGUUUGUGUUGCAUGAGAUGAUUAGUAAGUUUAAGAACAAGGAACAGUUUAUGAAUGUGGAAACUGGAAAGGAUUAGGGAGGAGUUGCUGCAGCAUCUAAGCAUCAAAACUUCUUGAAGGUAAAACGCCCGUAACAUGCCAAUUUUCCUGUAGUAAGUCAAGCAUUAUGUAGACAAGUUGUUGAAUCUUUGGAUGCUAUCUAAGUAUCUAUAUCAUAUGUACAUUAUUCUUUUGAAUUUUUAAAAUGAUAUACUAAUGUUUAUGCAUAUUAAUACUUUUUAGACAAAAUAAUACUGUAAAUUUGGUAGCA